AGGGCCAUCAUGUUGAACAAAUCAUAAUCAAGCACCUAUGUAAGAAUUGAAUUUAACUAUUUUUUUCUUUAAUCAAUGCAAUCAUUCCAUCAUGUUCGUUUCUAGACGGAUGUUCUAGGUUUCCAUCAUAUGCAUACCGCUGUAGGGAGGACUUCAAGCGCCUACUACAGUGGGCCCGUCCAGGAACCCUUGGGGACCAGCGGGUUUUCAUCAUGUUGGGCUUGUAUUCACUCCUCAGCUUAUGCUGAGCGUGUAGUUGUUUUUGCUACACGCAGAGCCUCCUUUUUCAAGUUUUUUUCUCCUUUGGCCGCUGUAUUAGUUCGGCGCUCAGCGGCAACGACCUUCGAGUUUCUGUCCGGCAGCAAACAGCACGGCGACGGCUCUGCGACCGGGGGGCCCAAUCAGCUGAAGACGGCGCGCGGCAGCUCUGCGGCUGGGUGCACCUCAGAUGCUUCCUGCCGGCUGGACUGUGCACGAGUUACAUGGCUGCAGCAGCGGAUCCUCACCCCGGCGGCGGCUCAACGAGGGGAGACUGCGGCAGUUCUCAGACAACGGCGAACAAAAAAACUCUCUCCUUCUCGAACCAGCGGCGGCUCUGAUUGCACAGCUAGAUAUCUGCUCCCGGUCCUUGUAGCUCCUUCAGAUAUGACUGCGGAAAUCACAGCGUCUGUGCACAGAUCCGCAAAACCCUGGUGACAACUGGCAAUUUGUGUUCUUGUUGUUCAACUAGGCUCCGAUACCCGUUAGUUUGUUAUGAUAGACGCAAGAUUACAUGUUACUAAACUCCACGGACAGAGGAGAAAACUUUUAUUGAUUAGUACUUUCUUACCAGAUUACAAUUUUGUUUGUUUACGCAAUUUCAUGAAGUAUUUGAUAAAAUAAAAUAUUAUUGUCACC